UUCUCCAUGUUCUAGAAUUUUGGGAUUUGUCAUUCUGUAAGAAAUAGAGCCUUCUUUGUCAGAGAGCUAUUGUGCCACAACAAACUACAAAUCCCAGGAUUCCACAGGAUAGAGCAGUGGCAGUGAAAACAGUAUCAAGCUUCAUUAAGAGCAGCUGCAGCCCGGGAGACCCAUGUUUUAACCUCCACGCAGCUGUGAAACACGCAGCCAGCGGUCUCUUCAACCUGAUCCCCAUCACAGGGUUGUUGGGAAGAAAAGCACAAACCUUGAGCCCAUUGCAGGAAAGACUAAUCCAUGCAUUAACUGAAGCACAGAAAGAAAACAGCUGGAUGGACCUGAUUCUUGAUUCUCAAGAGUGUCUCCUCUACCUCUAUUCAUCCAGAGAGCUAGUUUCAAAGAUGGAUUGCAGCUUCACAUAAGAGGCCUGAGCAACCCUCCUUCCAGUCCAACUCCUGCAGACUUUUGUUUGCUGGUUCUGCAAUAAUCCACGCCAUUUUAUACCCAUUCUCUUUCGCCUGCAUUUGAAUUUCUGGCAAACUUGUAUUUUUAUUUUCUGGUGGGCUCGGAUUGUCAUGGAGCUCAGAAAGCAUUUGGAAGAGGUGACCAAACGUGGGAGUGACUCUGGAGUGGGAACGGAGCGAGGCCUUUUGAGCAAAGAGCAGAGGGACCAGCGGAUCAGCCUCUUUCUACAGGAUUUUGAUCACCAGGCCAAGGAAAACCUUCAAGAGAUGAAGAAAGAACUGGCUUCACUUCUUCACACGGCUGAGAAGGCCUUUUGGGUGGAGUCGCUGGCAUUGCCUGUGGUCAUGCGCAAAAUGAGGCGGAAAGACUUGAUCAACCUGAAAGAGGAGGAAGCAGCUGCUGCAGUUGCUGCUAACCUUGAGGCAAAUGAAUGCUGUGUCAGAAAACUGUCAAAUCCCAAGAUAGUGAGGACAAACAGCAAACGAGUGAAGGUUACUACCAUUGUGGAAUACAAAGAUGAGAAAGGUGAAACUGGAGCACAAGGAAAGAAAACAACUCAGAAGGUAUUUAAAACCAAUUCCUUGGCUUCCUUGACUUCUGUCAUAAAGGGCAAGCAAAGCAAUGUAUCCAGGUCUGCUUCUGCAUACUAUACUCCAAAGGCAAGAAAUAUUGAGCGAUCUGCUUCUUUACGUGAACAGUCAGUAUCUGCCCCCAAAUGCACUUCAAUGGGCUCUAAAAGGGCUCCACAGAGGGGGCUCUCACAAAAUGUGUCUGCUUCAGAGAAGACUCCGGCUGCAACUCUGCGGAGCUCCUCAAUGCCCCAUGAAAGAUCUGUCCCCUUUGUCAACAUACCUCUGGCUGAUGGGCAGACUCUCUGCUCAGCUGGCGAUGAUCUCCAGAACAUCAAUGUGGAAUUAUUAAAUGAUGACACUGUCCAACAUAUCCACACUUUAGUGAGCCAGUUGACAGUCCUCUGUGGAAAAGCGACUGUCAAAUCAAGUUGAUGGACAUGACAUCCCUCACCAAAUUCUUGCAUCUAAAUAUCUUACCUUGUGUUCCUUAUGGUGGUGUUGCCUCUAAAGUGAGGGGCAACUUAUUUUAAACAAUUCUUACACAGUAUAUUAAAGGCCACGUUUGUCUUAUAAAUAAACAUUUGUUUUAAGAUGUUAACUUCUCCGUUGAAAUGAAAAAGUAAAAGCUGAAAAUUACAAAAAGAGAUUGCUUUUUUUGUAUUUAGAUGAUGUUUUCUAGGCAAUCAGCUUGCAAAUGUUUAUAUGGCCAUGCAGUAGUCUCCUUGUGUAGGGAUGAUGUGAAUUUGUUUAAAUUCAGCACAUGGAUGUGCAAUGGAGAAGCAAAGUACCUCUCCAGCUAUUUCUGACCUUAUCAAAUUGAAUACAGCUUUACCUAUAAAUCCAAUUGAUUUUCAUGGUUCUCUUCUACAAUGGAUCUUCCCCAGUGGCUAGAAUUGUGUUGGUGGUGACAUAUACAUGUAAACCCUUAUUACACUUGCGUACAUACCUCAAAGAGCUGGAAUGGUGUAAUGGUUUGCGCAGUGAACUAUGACUCUGGAGGCCAGGGUUCAAAUCCCUGCUCAGCCAUGGAAACCAACAGGGUGAUCUUGGGCAAGGCUAACCCCCUCAGAACACAUUUUGUAAUGAAAACCCCAUGAUAGGGUUGUCAUAGCUUGGAAGUGAUUUGACAACACACAACACAUACAAAACACAGUAUUUGGGGAAGUGGUAUCCAUACCUUGUUCACAUAAUGGCUGAGAUUCUAGAUCAUGCUGACAAAUUAUUAUUCUGCCUGGGAGCUCCAAGUCUUCUCUAGGCUGUUAAAAGGAUGUGGAGGGUGCGCAUUGGCAGGUGAUGGGUAGAAUGCACAUGUAACCAAGCCAGUGUAUAAUCUCUGCCAUUUUGUGUGUACAACCUCUGUCCAUCUAAGCUCACUCUACUAAUAGAAUUUCUAGCAUAGCUACUUGCAUCAACUGUACAAACAUGUUAAAAGCUUCACUGUGGGUCUUGGUUUUUCAGUUCUUGGCCAGGGAUCUGACUCUAAGCAUAACUCCUUGAUGACAGCAGAAACCAUUCUCUCCACUGCAUUAGCUAAGGAUGUCCUCAGACAACCCUGUUAAGUCAGAAUGACUGACUGGAGGGAGAGAAAUGUGUAAGCUACUGUGCACCGGCCGGUUGCCAAGAACUUUAUGGAAGCUCUGCUGUAAGCUUUGCAACAGCAGUGUGUACAUGGAGCCUCUAGUUGCUACAUUUAAAAUGUUAUCUGGUACGGUCUUAUGUCUUUUGUGGCAUCUAGACAGCACUGUAGUCCUCCUUACAUUUACAAGAGGGUACAAUACUAAAGGUAGAGUUGGUGGAACUUUUCACACAAUAGUUUGAAGUAUGGUUACCAUAAUUUCUGACCCCCCCCCCCCAAUUCUCCCUCUGCAAAACACAUUUACUUUUUGUGGAAAUAUUUGAUACUAUGGAGAACUAGGAGGCAAAUUGGUCUUCUCUGUUUCACUGAUCAAGGUUUUCCACUGUUUCUUAAUAAACUGGCAAAUCCAAGAGAUUCCUUACAGUUCAUGACAUUGUACAUUUUAUGUUCAUAGUGACUUUCCAUGUGUAAAUGGUGCUAAUAUCACUUUUUCAAUUGUCUUCAAAAUUUCCAUUUUUCCCAAACCACCCCCUCCAAGUUUCCCCCCCCCCAUGCCUUCAGAAUUGAGAUUUUUUUUACAUGUUUAUAAUUGUACUUCUGUCUUCACUAUAAAAUGAGACAAUGGAGUUUUAUGUAUUAAUAUGCCGAUGACACACAACUCCUCAUCCAAGGAAACUGUCUCAGAACUGAACCUCGUGUCUGCUGUUUGUAAUGGAGUGCAUAAAAGCAAACAAAUUGAAACAUAAUCCAAGCAAGACAGAGGUGUUCCUGGCCAGUUGGAAAGCAGAUGAAGCAACAGACUAUGAUAAGAUUAUGCUCUCCCUAAAAUUUUAGGCUCACAUCUUGGGUGUACUCUUCAACUUAGAUCUCAGCCUGGAUACCCAGGGUUCAAUGGGAGCCAGGAUCAGAUUUGCAGUCAAGGUAAGUGCACCAGCUGCACCUGUUACUUGAAAAGUCAGAUCCGGCUAUGGUAACCCAUGGCUCAAUUACAUUUCAUUUGGACUACUGUAAUGCAUUUUACAUGAGGCUUUCUUUAGAAACUAUUUGGAAAUAUCAGUGGGUCCCAAAUGCUGCAGCCAGAAUGCCGACUGGCCCAGUCAAGAAGUACAUAUAUCUCUUUUUGAAACAGCUUCAUUACCGUAGUUAUCAGUUUGUUUCUGGUCACAAUUAGAAAUGCAAGCUGUAGCCUAUAAAGACCUAUAUAGCUUAAGUCCAGACUAUCAAAUGAUUGUAUUUCCCUAUGCAAACCUACUGGGGUUGCCAAUUAGUUUCUGGGCAAGGUACAAAAUAUUGGUUAUUACCUUUAAAGCCCUACAUGGUUUGGGUCCAGGUUACCUACGGGAUUGCUUCUUCCCAUAUAAUGAACCUGUAGGACAUUUACUCUGGUCAGCCAGGACUACGUUAGCAACUGUCAGCCAGAAAACCUUUUUUUCCCCAGCUGCCCCUGUACUGUGGAACAACCUGCCAGAAGACAUUCAACAGCUAAAUAUGCUGUCUGAAUUUAAAACAGCAUUGAAGACCAGUCUCUGUUCCAGCAGGCUUAUUCAGAAGAUUUUAAAUUGUCAAUUUUAAAUUAUGAAUUAAUAUCUUCAGAGCCUUUUCUCACUUCUGCCACCAACACAGCCCCAUCUGGUAAGGAUAUGAGACAGCUUUUUUAGUGGUUGCUCCCAGCCUCUGGAAAUCCCUUCCAUGGGAAUGUUCCCUCCCUCUUCUCUUUUCACUAAUAGGCAGAAUCCUUUUUUUUUCCCAAGCAGGCUUUUAAUCAUUAUUUUAAUGCCUAAUUGCUUCCAUUUUUUUCUCUUUAGACUGUGAGCCACCUUGGGUUUCACAAUAGGACAUAGGCGGCAUAAAAAUAAAGUAUUUUCAGCUCCAGAUUAAUGUUAGGUAUGAAUUUAUGAAGAAGGACAUUACAAGGAAUAUCAUU